AUGGCUCCGCUCCGCUUCUCGGCCAAUGUGUCCUGGCUGUUCCCCGAGCUCCCCGGCCUCCCCGCGCGGUUGCGGGCGGCGGGCAGCUCGGGCUUCGAGGCCGCCGAGGUCGCCUGGCCGUACGCGGAGCCGCCCGAGGCGCUGGCGCGCGCGGCGCGGGACGCGGGGCUGCAGCUGGUGCUGAUCAACACGCCUCCGGGAGACCGAGAGGAGGGGGAGAUGGGGUUGGGGGCCGUCCCCGGGAGGCAGGCGGCCUUCCGAGAGGGGCUGGAGCAGGCGGUGCUGUACGCCAAGGCCCUGGGCUGUCCCAGGAUUCACCUGAUGGCCGGCCGAGUGCCCCGGGGUGCUGAUGGAGCCGCAGUCAGGGGUGAGAUGGAGACAGUUUUUCUGGAGAACCUGAGGCACGCAGCUGACGUUUUGGCUCGGGAGAACCUCGUGGGACUGCUGGAGCCCAUUAACACCCGCAUCACCGACCCCCAGUACUUCCUGGACUCACCCCAGCAGGCGGCAGCCAUCUUACAGAAGGUGGGAAGGCCCAACCUCCAGCUACAGAUGGACAUAUUCCACUGGCAGAUCAUGGAUGGGAAUCUGACAGGAAACAUCCGGGAGUUCCUGCCCAUCGUUGGGCAUGUGCAGGUGGCACAGGUCCCGGGCCGGGGGGACCCUGGCAGCCCUGGAGAGUUGAACUUUCCCUAUCUGUUCCAACUGCUGGAAGACGAAGGCUACAAAGGCUUCGUCGGCUGCGAGUACCAGCCUCAAGGAGACACAGUGGAGGGCCUGAGUUGGCUACGUUCCUACUGGGAUAGGCGGGGCAUCUCCCGGGCUGGCCAGUGA